AUGUCCACGUAUGAGAACCCCCCUGCCCCUCAUCUCACUUACACCCCUACUCACACAACACCACUCAGUCUGGCAGCGGACAUGUCGUUCGAUUUCAUCUUCCCCUCGUGUGAGCCAUCAACACCGCCAAGCUUCUCCUUCGACUCGUCCCUCCUCGACCUACCCUACCACCACAACCCGGGCCACAACCGUUCGCGCUCCAAUGGCUCCGUCUACUCCUUCGUCUCCGCUGCCGAGUCCACCCCGGACUCGGUGAGCACCCGCAUGACGACGCCCUCCCGCGCCUCGCCUCCGAUCCGCCAACACGGCCCUCUCCUGCUCCCCAAGAUCCGCUCCCAGGACCAAGCCAUUGAAUCGCCCACCAAGCGCAUCAAGACUUCGCCAAAGACCCGCGCCCCGACUCCCCGACGGGCGACGCCCUCCGCCCCCGCCACCAACGCCGUCUUCCGCCCGGCUCACUCUCGCAGCUUCACCAACCCGGAGACCAUUGCCUGGAACAUGCCAUCCUCGUUCUGCAGCCAGCCCGAGGAGCAGUCCACCUCCUCCCUGCUCUGCUCGCCUGUCAUCUUCGCCGAUGAUAUGCAGUCUCGCCGCGCAUCCACCUGCAGUUUCGACGGCUCUGCUCUCGAGAAGUUUGGCUUCCCGACCUACCGUCAGAUGCCCUCAUACGUUCCCUCCGCUGCACCCCAGCCCACCACAGAGGCCUACAUGUUCCCUUCUUACACCCCGCGUGCGCCCUCUCCCCUCAGCCUGUCUGCCACGGCCACCCCAGACCCGACGCCCAGCACUACGCUCCUGACCUACCUUACCGAGUCCAACCCGGCUCCCUCGCUGGUGCGCACAAUCUCCUUCCCGCUGCGGGACCCCAACACCAAGCACUUCUGGUGGGACGUUCGUCAAAUUCGCCCCUGGACCACCUUCAACGCCUCCUCCGUCCUCUCCCUCCCUGGCGCCGCUGCCCUCCUCAACUGCCCCGUCCCGGCGCCUCUCCUCCCCACCCCGGCCCAGACCGCCCGCCACCCGGAGACCGAGGCCGCCCUGCACAGCAUCUACGCCUCGCACUACCUGCCCAAGCUCAACGCCGCCCUCGCCAUCUCCUCCAACCGGCCCAUGCAGCUCUCGGUCCCCGCCGCCUCCUCCGCCGGCGCCAAGAACCCCGACCUCCUCUUCACCGCCUCCCCCGCCGGCGAGCCCGCCUCGGCCGCCCAGAUCUUUGGCGGCAAGCCCACCGCCCGCGUCGUCGGCCUCGUGCGCUCCUUUGACCGCUUCAACACGGGCAUGCGCGUCGAGGGCAACAUCAAGCGUGUCGAGUACCUCCGCGGCCUCGCCGCCCUGCACCACGCCAUGCGCGAGCACUCGUGCCGCUACGGCUUCAUCCUCACCGAGAUCGAGCUCGUCGUCGUCCGCAACGGGCCCGAGGCCGUCCCCAACUUUGGCUUCCUCGAGGUCACCUCCGUGCCGCUCGGCGCCGUGGCCGACGACGCAGACUGCGAGGUCGGCGAGAUCCCGCUGACGGCUUGCCUCGCCCUCUGGGGCCUCUGUAUGAUGGCCGGCGACGACGCACCGCAGGGGUCCCGCGUCGCGCACUGGAAGGCCGAGAUCGGCGCGCCGGCCGAGGGGACGAGGCGCAAGGCCCUUCCGAGGGACGACUGGAUGCCCAAGCCGCAGCUGGCCGAGAAGCGGGAGGCUAAGCGGGCGAGGGGGUGGAUCAUGCCCGAGGACCCCGUUGGCAGGAAGGAGCUGGGCAAGAGGGGUGUGCGCUACGGCGCUUGCUAG